AUGGAUAGGGGGAUGGGAGAGUGCGAGGCGGCAAAGGGCGAGGCGGCGGUCGAGGGCAUGUGUGUGAUAUGGAUAAGGAGAAUUUCAGAAAUAUUUUGGGUUGCUGGAGCCUCCGCUGUGGCGACGAAGAGCUUCCCCGCGGAGCCAAUCGGUCCCCUCGUGUCCAAUUCCGAAGGCGCUUAUAUCAUAGGUGGAGGAUCUUCGGGGGCUAUCUAUUUGUGGGAGGUGGCUAGUGGAAAGCUGCUCAAUAAGUGGAACGCCCAUUUACGCGCGGUGACUUGUCUCACCCUUUCAGAUGAUGAGUCUCUGCUAAUCUCUGGUUCUGAGGACGGAAGCAUCAGAGUUUGGUCCCUUAUGAAGAUGUUUGAUAGUAUGGCAGCGGCCGAGUCUGGGAGGCUUUACAUAUAUAGCUUCAGUGAACAUAUUUUCCCUGUGACCGACAUUGUUUCAGGCCAUGGGUUAUGCAACUCCAUUGUAGUUUCGUCUUCUAUGGACAAGACAUGCAAGAUCUGGAGUUUAUCAGAGGGCAGGAUAUUGAGAAGCAUAUCAUUUCCUGCAAUUAUUGAUGCUAUUGUGAUCGACUCUGCGGAGCAUACAUUCUAUGCUGGUGGUAGAGAUAGCAAGAUCUAUAUUGCUGCACUUAAUGUUGGAAGCAAUCCUCAUAGCAGCUAUGGGGAGUACAUCAUUGGCACCGUAAAUACAGACAGCAAGGGUAUAACAAGCAUGGCGCUUAGUGUUGAUGGAACCACCCUUGUGUUUGGAUCAAAUGAUGGUACAGUUCGAGUUUGGGAUAUUAGAAGAAAGGAAGCAACUCGUGUUCUUAAACAUGCUAAAGGUUGUGCUCUGGGGAAAUCCUUGCUCAUUGGUCCGGUCAAUAAUGUUCUUAUUGUUAGGGAACCUCUUCACUCUGUUCCUCCAGCAUUAUCAAAACGUGGCAGUUGGUUAUUACCACAUUCCUUAAGUAAGUACACAGACUCAACAGAUGGCGAGGUUGAUACAAAGGCUGUGAUCGGGCACCAGCGUCUUUGUAAUGAUCUGCUAGAUAGCAAGUACUUGAGCUCGCAGGUGCUGAUGAGUCAAAUUAAAGAGCUUCAGGUGCAGAAUUCGUCUGGUGCUGCCGAACUCGAGUUGGAAAGAAUCAAGCUAGAGCGCGAAAAAUUAACACAGGCGGUGCAGCAAUGGAAGAAGCUGUACCAAGAUUUGCAAAAUAUGGUUGUAGAUGACCUCUUGAGUGAACCCUAGUUCAUUGGCAACUAAACCUUUAGUAAUGUAUUAUCCGUUGAGCAUUUUUCUAUAGCCUAUUUCUUUUUUUAUUUUCCGCAAUGGCGCGGAGGUUUUGUGUGGUGCAUUGUUUUAAGUUCUUAGCUGCUCACAAAAUUUUUGGAACAUCCGUAUAUUUUGAUUUGUUUUUCAAAUAUUGUAAGCACGUAUAUGUACAAUUUAUGGAGAGAGAGAGAGAGAUCAAAACAAGUAAAAAUUCUGUACACAAAGGGAUUUUAUUUUUCUAUUGUUUUUUUUCCCCAUAGGGACUGGAAUUUUUGCUUAAACAUUUUAGUGUCUGAACAUUUUAAUAUUACAGUCGCGU